AUGAAACCCAAGUCGGCAUGCGAUACCUGCAGGGACCGCCGCAGAAAGUGCAUCCGCUCCCAGCAGGGCACCACCUGCGACUUCUGCGCCGAGAGGAACCUGCCCUGCAACCUGACCCGCGAGACCGUCUUCCAGGCGACCGGCUACGAGCCCAUCGUCCCCUGGAGAUCCCACGCCCUGACGCACAAGUGCAGGCUGCUCCCGCCGACCGAGCUGUGCCUCGAGGCGAUCCACCUCUACUUCCGCUACGUCCACGUCUCCUUCCACGUCCUGUUCCACAAGCCGUCCUUCCUGCGGGCCUUCCGCGACGGCUCGCUGCCCAAGAUCCUGCUCUUCGCCGUCAUGGGCAUGGCCGUCCGCCUCUCCAAGCACGAGAGCCAGGUCCACAUACCGCCCAAGGAGCGCGGGAGGCCGUUCACCAAAGAGGCCGAGCGGCUGCUGGACCUGCACGACGUGUCCCUGACGACGAUUCAGUCGUGUCUGCUGCUCGGCGCCUCGGCGGUGGUGGAGGGCGAGAGCGCGACCGAGUCGGUGUACUUUAGCAUCGCCUGCCGGAUGGCAGUGCUGCUGGACUUGCCUAAUGUCAAGGUAACAACUCAAAUCGAGCAGGAAGUCCACAGAAGAGUGUGGUGGAGUGUCUACGAGACCGACACAUGGUCGUCCACCGCGGUAAGGCUGCCGAAGAUGAUGCCAUUUCGCAAUGUCCCGUUGCCCUUGGCCGAGGAUGCCUUUCUCGCGCUUUCCUUCACCCAGCCCGCUGUACCCGGAACACCCACGCCGCAGCAGGGAUCGCCGGGUCAGCCUCCACUACCAGUUCCAUCCCCAGACUCCCUCAUCGCACAGGCCAUGAAGAUCGGCCUCGCCCUUUCCAAAAUCGACCAGAUAAACUCCCUCGCGGCCUCGGGCACCGUCCACUACGUCGACCUGAUCCCGCAAGUCGAGGCCACCUAUCAGGAGCUGCACUCCUGGCAGCGCGGCCUCCCCGCCACCAUGGCCAACACGGCCGACAACCUCGCGCACUGGACCGGCAAGGACCAGGGCCACAUCUUCGUCUUCCUGCACAUGAACUAUCAUCACCUCUGCCAGCUCCUGUUCUACCAGUUCAUCCACCACAGCACCCACGACGAGGCCUGCCCCCCGCGCGCCGCCCAGUUCGCCGCGCUGUGCCGGGACUCGUCCUCGCAGUUGUGCGAGCUGAUGCACCGCGCCGGCAAGUCCCCCGGCGCCGAGCUGCUCAACUCGCUUGUCGGUCACAUCCUGGCCAUCGCGUCCACGGUGCAGCUCCACGCGCUGCUGUUCGGCGAGGACGACACCGAGAUGAGAAACGCGCGGCGGCUGCUAGAGCAGAAUUUCGAGUUGCUGAAGCGGCUGGAGACGUACUGGCCGUGCAUCGACAUGUCUUUUGCCCGGUUCGAGGCGUUUCACAACGCAUGCUUGCGCUUCCAGGACGGCUCGCAGUUCCGGAUGGACAGGUGGAUGCUGACGUUUCUGCUCGAGUUUGCGACGGCCAUUUCCGAGAGCCGAACGGCCGAAGGCAGUAAUAAUAGCGGCGCUCCACAGUCAUGGCGCAAUAUAAUCAGCGGGCAGUAG